CGAAAGACAAAGGCAAACAUGGAGGAAGGGAGAAGCAGCAAGGGUGGUGUUAAGAAGGAAUACAAAGGGGGAAUAACUCCCUUUGUAGUGGGGGUGAGCAUUGUAGCGGCAACAGGAGGCCUCGUCUUCGGCUACGACAACGGAAUCGCAGGAGGAGUGACCUCCAUGGAUCCCUUCCUCAGAAAAUUUUUCCGGGCUACUUACAGAAAGAUGCACCAAGAGGAGGCCCGUUCUAGCGCCUACUGCAAAUUCAACAGCCAGAUUUUGACUACCUUCACAUCGUCACUGUAUAUAGCGGGAUUAAUAGCUUCUAUGGUGGCAUCCCCUCUUACCAGACUCUACGGACGAAAGCCCUCCAUUUUGGUGGGCGGUCUGAGCGUUUUGGUAGGCGCUGCUAUCAAUGGCGGCGCUCUUAAUGUGGGUAUGUUGAUUGCUGGGCGCAUCAUGCUGGGCAUUGGAAUUGGAUUCGCUGAUCAAGCAGUUCCCCUGUAUCUCUCAGAGAUGGCACCGAAGCAAAUUAGAGGAGCACUGAACAUGGGGUUCCAGCUGUUUGUUAGCGUGGGCGGCCUGUCUGCCAGUCUCACAAAUUAUGGAACUGAUAAAAUCCAGAAUUGGGGAUGGCGUCUCUCCCUUGCUCUGGCUGCUGUCCCUGCUGGAAUACUAACCUUAGGCAGUUUAUGGCUUCCAGAGACACCCAACAGUCUCAUGGAAACACAGGGCCCUGAAAAGGCUAGAGCUAUGUUGCAGAGGAUCCGUGGCACUCUUGACGUUGAGGAGGAGCUGAGUGACAUGAUGGAAGCAACGAAAACAUCAGAAAUGGUGAAACAUCCCCUGUACAAUAUGCUGCAGAGGAAAUACAGGCCACAACUUGUGAUGGCAGUGGCAAUUCCCAUGUUCCAACAGCUGACAGGCAUCAAUGCCAUUGUUUUCUAUGCUCCGGUGUUGUUUCGCACAAUUGGGUUCCAGACAAAUGCCUCUCUCAUGUCCGCUGUCAUUUUAGGAGUCGUUGGCUUAGCUGCUACGGUGGUCUCCAUGAUUGCUGUCGACAGAUAUGGGCGUCGACUCCUCUUUCUGCAAGGGGGAUUACAGAUGUUCGUUUGUCAGGUAAUAGUUGCUAUCAUUUUGGCUACUAAAUUUGAUUCUUCGGGAGAUGGAAGCAUUUCGAAAGGGUAUGCAUAUUUAUUAUUAGUAAUGAUUUGUAUAUAUGUGGUAGGAUUUGCAUGGUCAUGGGGUCCAUUAGGAUGGCUAGUACCGAGUGAGAUAUUUUCAUUAGAGGUGAGGUCAAUUGGGCAAAGUAUUGUUGUUGCAGUUAAUCUGUUGUUUACAUUUGCCAUUGCACAAGGAUUUCUUGCUAUGCUUUGCCACUUCAAGUAUGGAAUUUUUCUUUUCUUUGCGGGAUGGGUGUUUCUCAUGACCCUAUUUGUAUAUUUAUUUCUCCCUGAGACGAAAAACAUAGGCAUAGAAGAGAUGAAUAGUGUGUGGACAGAGCAUUGGUUUUGGAAGAGAUUUGUAAAUCAAGAAUUUCAUAUACCAAUUGGAAUCAAGACAUCAAGCAACACAUAAUAUAAUCAUUCUCUUUCUGUUUUGUAUUCCACAA